UUGUAUUUUACAUGGUAUACAGAGCAAGGUUCUUCCCCAACAUCUAGCGAAACAAAAAAACUCAUCUAUCGCCAUGGCCUCCACCUCGGGCGUUGCUUCCCUCAACCUGGGCGCACCUCCAACCGAGAAGCUAACAAGGGGGAACUACCUCCUUUGAAAGGCCCAAGUAAUGCCGGCCCUGCGAGGUGCGCAGGUGACCGGUCUCUUGGAUGGCAGUGACGCCGCACCACCAAAGACGGUGGAGAUCGCUCAAGCGGACAAGACCACGGCAACAGGGCCCAAUCCCUUGUAUGGUCCGUGGCUGGCAAAGGAUCAGCAGGUUCUAAGCUACCUGUUGAACUCGCUAUCGCAAGAAAUUCUUGCACAGGUCAUCGGUAAGGAGAACACCUUCGACCUUUGGACAGCUCUUACGACUCUGUUCGCCUCGCAGUCACAGUCUCGAAUAACCAAUCUGAGGAUCGCCAUCGCCAACACAAAGAAGGGAAACAUGUCGAGCAACACCUUCAUGGCCAAGAUGAAGAGCCUCGGCGAUGAACUCGCUGCGGCUGGCCGUCCGGUGAGCGAUCCAGAGAUGGUCGACUACAUCCUUGCCGGGCUCGAUCGAGACUAUGAUCCCAUCGUUGCAGCAGUUGGCGCCAUCAAGAACUCCAUCACCGUCGACGAUCUCUUCGCGCAGAUAUGUGCUUUUGAUCAAAGGAUGGAGAUGCUCGGCGAUGGGCCAUCCGGCUUCUGCUCAUCUGUUAACGCUGUCUACAGGGGGCGUGGUCAGUCUCGUCCCAGAGGCGGCCGUGGGCGAGGGAACAGGGGGCGCGGCCGUGGCAAUCGCGCCUCUCCCUCUCCUACUCGUGGCGGUGGCAGAGGUGGCUAUCAACAACGCCCGCGUCCGCAACCACAAUAGCAACAGCAACAAGAAGGGGACUAUCCCGAAUGUCAGAUCUGCUACAAAUUCCAUGCUGGUGGUGCAAGAGCUUGCUGGCAUCGGUAUGACGAGGACCAGGAAGAAAAGAAGGCGGCAAAUCUCAUCACCAACUCCUACGGGAUUGACACGAACUGGUAUGCAGAUUCAGGCGCCACCGAGCACAUCACGGGCGAACUCGACAAGUUGACAAUGCGAGAAAGAUACCACGGAGGUGACCAAGUGCACACGGCAAGUGGAAAGGGAUUUGGCAACGAGGAGACUAAUUCUUAGAGGAAAAUGCGAGGAAGGUCUCUACCUGCUCAUAUCAUCAGUUUCUUCAUCAUCAAAUAAACAAGCAUGGAGUGUCACCAAACCAUCAUCGGCAAAGUGGCAUCAUCGUCUGGGUCAUCCUUCUUCAACUAUCGUUCAACAUGUUCUUAGUAGAAAUAAACUUCCUUAUGAGUCUAGUGUUGAGUCAGUUUGUGAUGCGUGUCAACAAGCUAAGAGUCAUCA